AGAUGGAUCACUGAGGAAAGUUUUGUUUUGGCAAGAAUUGGAUCAACCCAGAGCAAUUGCCUUAGAUCCUGCAAGAGGGUUCAUGUACUGGACAGACUGGGGAGAAGUGCCAAAGAUAGAGCGAGCUGGGAUGGAUGGUUCAAGCCGUUCCAUUAUCGUUAACACAGACAUAUAUUGGCCAAAUGGACUGACACUGGAUUAUGAGGAACAGAAGCUCUAUUGGGCAGAUGCUAAACUAAAUUUCAUCCACAAAUCAAAUUUGGAUGGAAGUCAUAGGCAAGCAGUGGUUAAAGGCUCCCUUCCACAUCCCUUUGCUUUGACACUGUUUGGGGACACGUUGUACUGGACUGACUGGAACACACAUUCGAUCUUGGCCUGCAGCAAGUACUCCGGGGAGGACCUGCGUGAAAUACAUUCCAACAUCUUCUCUCCCAUGGAUAUCCAUGCUUUCAGCCAGAAGAGGCAGCCAAAUGCUACAAACCCAUGUGGAAUUAAUAAUGGUGGCUGCUCCCACUUGUGUUUGAUGUCUCCUACCAAGCCCUCUUAUCAGUGUGCAUGUCCCACUGGUGUGAAACUUCUUGAGAAUGGAAAGACCUGCAAAGAUGGUGCCACUGCCCUGCUGCUUCUGGCCCGCCGGACGGACCUGAGGCGCAUUUCCUUGGACACCCCUGACUUCACAGACAUUGUGCUGCCACUGGAGGAUAUCCGCCACGCCAUCGCCAUUGACUUUGAUCCACUGGAAGGAUACAUCUACUGGACGGAUGACGAAGUGAGGGCCAUCCGCCGCUCCUUCCUCGAUGGCUCAGGCAGCCAAUUUGUGGUCACCGCCCAGAUUGCACAUCCCGAUGGCAUUGCUGUGGACUGGGUGGCCCGGAACCUGUACUGGACGGACACCGGCACAGACCGCAUUGAAGUCACGAGGCUUAAUGGGACCAUGAGGAAAAUCUUGAUAUCAGAAGACCUGGAAGAACCCAGAGCUAUUGUGCUGGAUCCCAUGGUUGGGUAUAUGUACUGGACUGACUGGGGAGAAAUCCCAAAGAUUGAGAGGGCAGCAUUGGAUGGCUCAGACAGAAUUGUGCUGGUGAACACCUCUCUUGGCUGGCCAAAUGGGUUGGCACUGGAUUAUGCAGAAAGCAAAAUAUACUGGGGAGAUGCAAAAACAGACAAAAUAGAGGUCAUGAAUGCUGAUGGAACUGGUAGGAGAGUCCUGGUGGAGGACAAGCUGCCUCAUAUAUUUGGAUUCACUCUUUUGGGAGACUACAUUUACUGGACAGACUGGCAAAGGCGCAGCAUUGAACGCGUGCACAAGUGCACAGCAGAGAGAGAGAUCAUCAUCGACCAGCUGCCUGAUCUGAUGGGCCUGAAAGCCACCAACGUCCACCAGAUCAUUGGUACAAACCCCUGUGCAGAAGACAAUGGCGGCUGCAGCCACCUGUGUCUGUACCGACCACAAGGCCUUCGCUGUGCCUGUCCCAUCGGCCUAGAGCUCAUCAGUGACAUGAAGACCUGCAUCGUCCCAGAAGCUUUCCUGCUCUUUUCCAGGAGAGCAGACAUUAGACGCAUCUCUCUAGAAACCAACAAUAACAACGUUGCUAUUCCACUCACUGGAGUCAAGGAAGCUUCUGCUCUGGAUUUUGAUGUGACAGACAAUCGCAUUUACUGGACUGACAUUUCACUGAAGACCAUCAGCAGAGCAUUUAUGAAUGGCAGUGCCCUGGAACAUGUUGUGGAGUUCGGCUUGGAUUAUCCCGAAGGCAUGGCUGUGGACUGGCUGGGGAAGAAUUUGUACUGGGCUGACACUGGCACAAACCGGAUUGAGGUGUCCAAGCUGGACGGGCAGCACCGCCAGGUGCUUGUGUGGAAAGAUCUCGACAGUCCCCGGGCACUGGCACUGGACCCUGCUGAAGGGUUCAUGUACUGGACUGAGUGGGGUGGCAAGCCAAAGAUUGACAGAGCUGCUAUGGAUGGCAGUGAGAGGACCACGUUGGUCCCAAAUGUGGGACGUGCUAACGGCCUGACCAUUGACUACGCCAAGAGGCGCCUGUACUGGACUGACCUGGACACCAACCUGAUAGAGUCCUCCAACAUGUUAGGUCUUGACCGUGAGAUCAUAGCUGAUGAUUUGCCUCACCCCUUUGGCCUGACCCAGUACCAGGAUUACAUUUACUGGACAGACUGGAGCCGGCGCAGCAUCGAACGAGCCAACAAGACCAGUGGCCAGAACCGAACCAUCAUCCAGGGGCACUUGGAUUACGUUAUGGACAUCCUGGUCUUCCACUCCUCCAGGCAGGCAGGCUGGAACGAGUGUGCCUCCAGCAAUGGUCAUUGCUCUCACCUGUGCCUGGCAGUCCCUGUGGGAGGGUUUGUCUGUGGCUGCCCAGCUCACUAUUCCCUGAACUCUGACAACAGGACCUGCAGUGCUCCUACCACCUUUCUGUUGUUCAGUCAGAAGAACGCAAUUAAUCGCAUGGUGAUAGAUGAGCAGCAGAGCCCAGAUAUCAUACUCCCCAUCCACAGCCUCCGGAAUGUCCGAGCCAUUGAUUACGACCCUCUGGAUAAGCAACUGUACUGGAUCGACUCUCGGCAGAACAUCAUCCGGAAGGCACAGGAAGAUGGCAGCCAGAGCCUCACUGUUGUGACAAGUCCAGUUCCCAAUCAAAACCUGGAUAUGCAGCCCUAUGACCUGAGCAUUGACAUCUACAGCCGCUACAUCUACUGGACCUGCGAGGCCACCAACGUCAUCAACGUGACUCACCUAGAUGGGAGACCCAUGGGAGUGGUGCUCAAGGGGGAUCAGGAUAGGCCAAGAGCCAUUGUGGUGAAUCCAGAGAAAGGAUACAUGUAUUUCACCAACCUCCAGGAAAGAUCUCCUAAAAUUGAGAGAGCAGCAUUGGAUGGAACUGAGCGAGAAGUCCUUUUUUUCAGUGGUUUGAGCAAGCCCAUAGCCUUAGCUAUUGAUAGCCAGCUGGGCAAGUUGUUCUGGGCUGAUUCGGAUCUGCGCAGAAUUGAAAGCAGUGACCUUUCAGGUGCUAACCGGAUUGUUUUGGAAGAUUCCAAUAUCCUGCAGCCUGUGGGACUAACUGUAUUUGAGAACUGGCUGUACUGGAUUGACAAGCAGCAGCAGAUGAUUGAAAAGAUUGAUAUGACCGGUCGAGAAGGACGUACAAAGGUCCAGGCCCGUAUUGCACAACUCAGUGACAUCCAUGCUGUGAAGGAGCUCAACCUGCAGGAAUACAGACAACAUCCAUGCUCUCAGGAUAAUGGUGGGUGCUCCCACAUUUGCAUUGUCAAGGGGGAUGGCACCACACGUUGCUCUUGCCCUGUGCACCUGGUGCUGCUGCAGGAUGAGCUGUCUUGCGGAGGUGAGAUUGACUGCAUCCCAGUGGCCUGGCGCUGCGAUGGGUUCACUGAGUGUGAAGACCACAGUGAUGAGAAGAACUGCCCGGUGUGCUCUGACACCCAGUUCCAGUGUGAGAGUGGGCAGUGCAUCGACAGUGCCCUGCGCUGCAAUGGGGAAGCCAAUUGUCAGGACAACUCGGAUGAGAAGAACUGCGAAGUGCUGUGUUUAACGGAUCAGUUCCGCUGUGCCAGUGGGCAGUGCAUCGGAAAAAGCAAGAAGUGCGAUCACAACCUGGACUGCAGUGACAGCUCUGAUGAACAAGGAUGCUACACAACAGAGGAACCUGCACCACAACCCAACAACACCAUAGGCUCCAUCAUUGGUGUGAUCCUUACAGUCUUUGUGGUGGGAGCAAUGUACUUCAUCUGCCAGAGGGUGCUGUGCCCACGCAUGAAGGGGGAUGGGGAAACCAUGACCAAUGAUUACGUGGUGCACGGGCCAGCCUCGGUACCUCUGGGCUAUGUGCCUCACCCAAGCUCUCUGUCAGGGUCUCUCCCUGGUAUGUCUCGAGGUAAAUCUGUCAUCAGCUCCCUCAGCAUUAUGGGAGGGAGCAGUGGCCCACCCUAUGACAGAGCCCAUGUUACAGGAGCCUCCUCUAGUAGUUCUUCAAGUACCAAAGGCACUUACUUUCCUCCAAUUUUGAACCCACCACCAUCACCAGCUACUGAACGUUCACACUAUACCAUGGAAUUUGGUUAUUCUUCAAACAGCCCAUCUACUCAUAGAUCCUACAGCUACCGGCCCUACAGCUACCGGCACUUCGCGCCGCCCACGACGCCCUGCAGCACGGACGUGUGCGACAGCGACUACGCCCCGAGCCGCCGGGUGCCCGCGGCCAAGGGCUACACCAGCGACCUCAACUACGACUCGGAGCCGGUGCCGCCGCCGCCCACGCCGCGCAGCCAGUACCUGUCUGCCGAGGAGAACUGCGAGAGCUGCCCGCCAUCCCCCUACACCGAGCGCAGCUACUCCCACCACCUGUACCCGCCGCCGCCGUCCCCCUGCACCGACUCCUCCUGAGGGGCAGCCCCCCGCCCCGCGCCCUCCGCUCCACGCUGUAAAUACAAAAGGUUCUGCUGGGGACGGGGGGAGGGAGCCCAGGAUGGGGGAGGACAGUGUACAGUUAAACGUGGGGCGGAGGAACACUGAAGAUAUUUGUACAGAAUAAUUAAAAAAAAAAAAAAAGGAUAUUUAUAUAUUUUCUUAAACAGCAGUUGCUGCUUGUGCCAUAAGAAGAAUUUUUGUAUAAAAGAACCCAGACGUUUGUACAAAAAGUUUUUAUUUUUGCAAAUGGAACACAAAAACAUGCCUUAAACUGAGCACAUAAGAAAAUAGAAGGACUGGGAUAUGUUACUUGUCCAGCGAGAUGAUGUGUGGGUUUUGUCAAUACCAAAAAUGUUUAAAGUAAUUAAUAAUAAAGAAGUCCGUCUCAGAGCAGCAUACCAUAGAUACUUGGAAGUAGCCAAAUAACCUCUAUGUUAACUGCAGAGGGCCAGCAAAGUUAAACUUGAAAAUUCAGUCAGGACAGAUAUUAACCUUACACAAAAGGGCUUUCUUUUCUACAGGAACACAGCAAUCAUAGCAGUGAAUCCAGAAAAUCAGUCACACACUUUUUAAAAUUAAUACACCUUUGGUUUUCCAUAAUGCAUUUAACAAAUAAGAGCAUUUAGAGCUCUCUCCCUGCUUCUGGAAUUUCAGUUAUUUUGACUGGAUGUAUUUUAAAGGAUUUUUUUUAAUUACAAUUAAGUUUUCUUGUCUUUUCUUCAUCCUUUUUUCCUGCCUGUGUCACUUAAAUUCACGAGACUCCUAUUUAAAGUACUGCUAGAACUGGGCUGCCAUAAAUGCCAGGUUUUCUCCUAAUUAGCCUUGUCAUGCAGUGAUUUAUCAUGCUAAUCAUUACCCUCCCCAUUCUGACACCAUGGUAGGACUCACCAGGUCAGUACGAUUCUCACUUCAUUGACAAGGGUAAUAUGCAUAUACCUGAAUGAUUUUUAGUCCCUUAAAAAAGAAAAGCUUAUUUUGACCUAGUGCCCACAAAAUGUCAAAUAUUUUUGUACCACAUAAAAUAUAGACAGCAUAUUUAUAAACCAUGAAUUUAACCAUGGAUUGUUAGUUUUACUGUAAAUUAAUAAUAUAUCCUUGCAGUACUUUCAGUGUAUAUUGAUAUCACAGUAUACAAAUCAUAUAUAUAAAUAUAUAUAUUAUUUUUUCCUUGUAAGGAAACAUUUAACUUUCAGUAGAACAACUCUCCAUAGGAAAAAUAGAUGAUCAUUGCAAGGGGUUCCCCUGCUGUAUUAACUGCUUGUGUUUUGUGUUAGGUAAAGCCAGUUUUUCUCAGUAUGAUUUUGACAUACCUCCUCUUUUGCAUUGUGUGAGUUUAACACUUAAGUAUUAACCGCUGUGAAUGUCAAAUUUUAAGAUAUUCUUAACCAAACCAUUUUAUAUUCGCAUCUCUAUUUUUGUAUAUUGUCAUAUUUAGCCCCUUCUUCUGUCAGCCUCACCAUGGUGAUUUUGACAGGGAGACUAUUUAAUCAAGUGAAAACAUUAUUUGUGUGGUUUAAGGGGCAAUGUAGGAUAUUGUUAACUCCUCCUGGACUCCAAUGCAGUACUUUGAAUUUGUUUUGUUUGCAGCAGAGCUCACCGUGUACCUGAUCUUAGAUGGCAUUGUGCACUUCUACCUUCUUUUGACAUCACAUCCACUGAAGGUGCUCAGUGCCUUCGCAGACUGGUCCUCUGAGUCUUCUCUCUCAAAACAAAGGUCCUGGGGAGCUCCUGCCUCCUCACCUUUGGGUAUGGAAUGGGGAUAGAAACUUUCCAGAGGCACCUUUCAGGUUUUAUUGUUCCCUGUUGCUUCUUUCUCAGCCAGUUCCAACUGAAAGAGAAGUUAUAUGAAAAUAUAGCAUGGGCUUGCAAUUGAUGCUGUUGACAAAAUUAGUGACAAGUCAUUCUUGCUAGCUGCCACUCAUCUGGAGUACUGGAUCCUAAUUUGGUUUCAUCUCCAAGGAAAAUGGUGUCAUUUGGAUUCCAUUUGUAGUAAAGGAUCUUUCCUACGAGUCCAGAAUACCUGAAGAAACUUUAAAAAGCCUUGGUGAUCUCCAGGCUAUUGCUGUUAAUCUAUGAAGAUAGUAUACUAAGGGGUUUUUUGCCCAGCUUCAUUCUAGGUUUCUGGGAAUUGUGGUAGCUGUUCUUCUGGCUCUUCCUUGCUGGUAGAGAAGCUUUCUUGUGUUGUCCAGCAGGAUGGAUGUUGAGGAGGGUGUUACAAACUUAUAUAAGGGAACUCAAAACCAUAUAUAUGAAGGGGGGGAGGGCAGGUGUGUCAGGGUUGGGGGUGAGGCUGGCACACUGAUGAGAAUUAGAAUUUCUCUGUUGUUUACAUUUUUUCAUGUGCAGCAUUCCGUGUGGGGUUCACAUGUGGAAACUUGCACUAAUGAACUCAGAAGAAUAUUGUAUUGUUGUAUCUCAGUCCAAGUGCUUGUACUGCAGUGGCAAUGGUGUCUUCUUGCAAAAUGUGUUUCUCAGUGUGCCAAUUUCUUUUUGAAAAGCUACAGGAUGGUUGAGCUUAAAGAGUGGUAUCCUCUUUCUGGUGCAGCUGGACUGCCUCACUGAGGCAUCCUCUUAGAGGGAGAUUCCUGCAGGUAAAUUUGUGUGUUAAUUUAGCAAGGAUUUGUUUAGAAGAAAGACAUUUUCUGCAUAUGUAUCUUGCUGCCUCCUGUGCUGGUUUACAUCCACAUAACCCAACUGAAAUCUGUGGGGUAGACAUAGAAUUCCAUGUAGCAUUUGAUCAAGUCUUUCUGAUACAGGUAUUUCAAUUUGUGCAUCAAAUAUUUUGGGUGAUCUGCCUCUGAGAGGUUCAUGACAAGGGAAUUGGACAGGCUGGGGGUUUUCACUGAAAAUGCCCAGCAUAAAGAACAGGCUGUUCCUUGUCUGAGCAGAAAACGAUGAUCUGAUUUUGCAAAUACCUGUAUUUUCUCAGUAAAUCUGGAAUAAAUUUUUGAAAGAGGUGCUGAUGUGUGAAGCUUUUCUCGGGCAGAUCUCCAAAUUGCAGAAGCAUUGAUGCAACCAGUACACACAGCUGACACAUUCCCAAUGGAUAAACACUGAGACUGAACAUUUUCUCUUUGCUCCUCUUUGCCACUGAGACAGUUGUGAUUCAUAUUCUCUCUUUUCCUCAAUGAGGAUCAUCUUAUCUCCUGCUUCUCCAAUUCACUGAGGUGUUUGGACUGUAAAUAAUACAGACAUGCCCAUUCAGGAGAUUGGUGAAGUGAGUUUGUAGUAUUAGCUUGGAAGGGAUCUCACUGAUGGCAGUGAAAAUCACUCCUUAUCCUUCAAGUUAAGCAUAAAGGGUCCUUAUCCUACAGCAUCAGGUACAGUUAGGGCAUUAAUACAGAGACCCUUGAGUACUUUAUCCUCUCUGUAGACAUCUGGGCAGUGUUCUUAGCUGACUGUCUGGUGAUUGGAAUAGCUGGCAUGCCCAGUCUGGAAGGAAAGAAUCUGUUGUUGUAGCUAGAAAAAACAAAAAGCAACAAGACAUUACAGCAUAAUUUGUUGAAAACUGACUGCAUGUUUAAAUGGCAGCAUUAAUGACAGCUAAGUCUGCCUUUUAAAGUUAUACCUGGCAUGUAAUGCUGCAUGCAGUUCAUAGCUUCCUAAGGGUACUCCUCAUUUCCCCACUGCUUUUGGAUACCAAGAUAUUUAUUAGGAAAUAACUUGGAUGUGAUAAAUGGAACACACACAUGGCAUUUACAUUUGAAAAUUGUUUCCAUGAAUAUAAAUUCAUGCAACCUGUGCAUAUACAUUGAUUGAAAUAUUUACAGUAAUGCAAAAUACAUAAGUGAGCCAUUUGAUAUCAAGGGAUGCAUUUUGCUGUGAGUUGAAACUCUGCAUGGUAAAUUCUGAAUUUCUGCAACAGCAUUUCCCUCCCAUGUGCAUGUACCAGUGUGUGUGCAGGUACCCAACUCUUUGAUAAUGGGCAUUUACCCAAAGCUGAUCAUUUUCUCUUGUGCAUCGAUUCAGCCUCCCUGACUCCCAGAGUGCCAAUGCUGAGUGUUGUUCUGCUGUGUCUCACCUACCCUGGGCUCCUUUUGGCCAGCUCAUAUGACAGACAGUAGAACACCUGAAUGCUCUGUUUAAUGCUCUGUCAGGCUAGGCAGGAGAGGAAGCACAUUUUUUAUACUAUUCCCCAAUUUUUGGAGUCCAUUUUGCAAAGUGCCUCUGUGUUUUGUAGGGACAUGAAAAGCAGUCUGCUGCAGUUCUAGCAUAAUUAUGAAGACAAUUGCACCCAAACUGCUUGACGUGGUAGGUGGUGCAGUCAGCUGCAAGUGAAGUGCAUGGGGAAAAUCCCUGUCAUUCCUAUUUACUACACUAUUGGGCCUUGAUGGUGCUGUGGUCUCCAGCUCUGCCUUGCUUCUCUAUUCAUUAAAGCCCAUUCUCUAGAGAUGGCUUCAUUGGCAGGUCCUAAACACAGUUUAAGCUUUAAAAUAGUUAAACCUGUGCUAAGAGAAAGAAAAGGCCACUGUCUGAAUAUUAUUUCCAUUCCUGAUUGCUUGGCAAAUCUCAGAUUAAUUAAUUAGCACCAUACUGUGGGGAACUGCUUAACUACAGAGCUCCCUGGUCACACAUGCUAUUGGAUAUGAUUCUUCAUAGUAUCUCUUAGGAAGAAAUCAAUCACUUUCUUUUCCUGACCUUUUUGCCUUGAGCAUAUUUGUCACACAGUAUUGUGAAAUAAUCUGCUUCUGAACCUGUACUGUGCAGAUUACUUAUUAGUUCUCAACAGAAAAAUAACUGGCUCAUUGAGUGCAAUAAUAAUUUGAGCAUUGCUGUUCGGAAAUUGCUUUCUAAGCAAUGAGAUUUUUUUAAAUUGCAUUUUGGUGUUGGUCAGGCUUGAAAAUUAACCUUUAAUUUAAUGGAAGGUGACAGAUAAAUGUUGCAAAUAAGUUAGGAAUGAACUAAUAGCUUGAAAAGGGCUACAGAACAGUCAUUUUCUGUCUAAAAGAAAUCAAACUACAGUAAUGAUCCACAAUUUUCUUUCUUUUCCACCUUUCAAAAGGGAAGUGAUUUGUGCAUUUAUAGGGACUGGGUGAUUCACAUCAGAACUGUGCAGGGUAAGCCAAGUGUCAGGGUUUUCAGGAUUGUCCUAGUAGAAGACAGGGUGGUUGUUACAAACUCUUGGAGAGCCAUGUUCCUCUCUUCAGUUGAACCAGGAGCAGCUUUGAAGUCCUGAUUAAAAUGUCUGUAGCCUUAAGCCACGCAGAGAAGAGUCAGCAGAAAAGGGAAGUGUUUUUCUGUAAAGAGGAUACCACCAGGCUUAAGCUGAACUAGCCUUGUUUGCAAGUGAAGGAUCUGGUGCUGCUUUCAGAUUUUAACUCUUCGUUUUGUUUUUGGUUUGUUACGUUUGUUCUUUUUUGUAAGCUUUAAUCACUGUUUGUCAUUGUCUAAACCCAGCUGGUGUCUCUUGUUCAUCAACUUCGGUACGAUGGUGCUUUGCAAGGAUAUAUUUAUAUUAUAAUGGCCAACAUUUGGCCAGCUCUAUUCACUCAUUCACUAACUUUUUUUUUUCUUUUUUUUUUUUUUUGUAAAAUAAAGUGCUUUACUUGUAUGGUGUAUAUAAACCUUGUACAAAAAUCCUUUCCAAUUAUUACUAUAAACUGAGUUGUAACAAAUGAAAUGUUGAUUUUUAUAAUAAAACUAAGAGUGAAAAAGA